GUUCCUAUUGGCUCAUAGCAGGAGUGUCAAGAUGGCGGCGGCAGCUACCUGCGGCGCGGGAGUCCUCAGCUCUGGGUGCGUGGCAUCCACAGCCGGCCGGAGCAGCACCACCAGCUUUCAGAGGAGGAGCAAGGCCUCUGGGGCUGACGGAGGUGGCCCUCGGCUGCUGUCCAUUGCGGGCACUCGACCGUCGGUGCGGAAUGGACAGCUGCUGGUGUCAACCGGGCUCCCAGCCCUGGACCAGCUCUUAGGUGGAGGUUUAGCUGUUGGAACAGUUCUUCUGAUUGAAGAAGAUAAAUACAGUAUUUAUUCACCUUUGCUCUUCAAGUAUUUCCUGGCAGAAGGAAUUGUCAAUGGGCAUACUCUGUUGGUUGCAUCUGCCAAAGAAAAGCCUGCCGACAUUUUACAGGAACUCCCUGCACCACUACUUGAUGACAAUGGUAAAAAAGAGCUUGAAGAUGUUCAUAAUUCUAAAACACCAGAAUCAGAUGUUAACAUGAAAAUAGCCUGGCGAUACCAGUUGCAACCCAAGAUGCAGGUUGGGCCAGUGUCAUCUUCACGAUUUGGUCACUAUUAUGAUGUAUCAAAAAGGAUUCCUCAGGAGCUACUAGGAAGUUCAAAAUGGCAUGGAUUCUUCCUCCCAGAACACAUAACUUCAGAUCUUAAAGGAGAACCCUGUUCUUUGUCAGGAGACUAUAUGAAACUGCUUCAGUUCAUCCAGAACAUCAUUUAUACUGAAGGAUUUGAUGGAUCUAAUCCCCAGAAAAAACAGAAAAACAUUUUAAGAAUAGGAAUUCAGAACUUUGGUUCACCAUUUUGGGGAGAUGACAUUUGCUGCACAGAAAACUCUGACAACAGUCACAGGCUUACCAAGUUCUUCUAUGUUCUCCGUGGUCUUCUAAGAACCUCGCUGUCAGCCUGUAUCAUCACGAUGCCAACACAUCUGAUCCAGAAUAAAGCAAUUACUGCUCGUGUGAGAAAUUUGUCAGAUACAGUAGUUGGUCUGGAAUCUUUUAUUGGUUCAGAGAAAGAAACCAACUCAUUAUAUAAGGAUUAUCAUGGUUUGAUCCAUAUACGGAAGAUUCCUCGGCUUAAUAACUUGACUUGUGAUGAAUCGGAUGUCAAAGACUUAGCUUUUAAGUUAAAACGGAAGCUGUUCACCAUUGAGGGGUGGGUCUGGAACUCAAAUAUCUGCCUGUCUCUGCCUCCUGAGUGCUUGGAAAAAGCGACUGCAUUUGCCUCCAGACUUGUCAGACACAGUGAGUCGCUCAAGCAAACAGGAUCUGGCAGAAUCCGCCAAGCUGCUGGGCCCAGGCUGUGGCAUGAUGGCCGGAGGCAGGAAGCACCUGGACUUCUAGGGAAUCCUCCUUAGUAACUGCAUGCGGAAUUAUCUGACACCCUAAUUAUGAUUGCAAAUAGCUUAUGUAAAUAUUUUUCUUAAUGAUUUGACCCUCCAAUCUUUGAAAAACACAGGAUUACAAAAUGGAGCCAUCAUUCUUCUGUUUAGUUUGUUUCAUUGUUUUUUUCCACCAACUUUUGUACAAAAAUAAUACAGCAGAAAUACCAUCAUUUGACAUUUAGCUGCUGUUGUGUAUUUUAAAAUACUAAUUAAUUUUUAAAUAAACACCAAAAACAAUACCCCAAACCAUGAUGUGCCUUAGAGUGCUCAUUGGUUUAUGUAAACUGUAGCAAUGGGAUGAUGAUGACAUUCUGUGAUGGUAACAUGCAUGUUGCACCCUGUGGAUUGUAGAAUGUGAAUUCAAGUUGUGUGUGAUACAUUAGUCUGUGUUUUUGAAAAACUACUAAGGCUUUUUUUAAAAAAUGUUUUGUUUGCUAGUAUAUAAAAGAAUUUGCAUCUGUAUGUCCUGUUGUUUAAAGUGGUGAAGACAAAAAACAUAUUUGGGGGAUUUCGUCUUAAUUGCCCCCACACAAUAGUUAGUGCAUACAGAGCUUGACUACACAAAAGCAGCUGGGUGGACUGCUGUCCUAAAGUUCUAAGUAAUUGACAUCAGUACUGGGAAAUUAUGUCAACAGACAAAAUUCAAGACUGAAAUUCAAGCUGGCAGCUACACUAACGUUGAGGUCCCAGAGAUGGGUACGGAAGCCCCGUGAGCAGGUUACAGAAUGUGGGUCUAAGACAAAGUGAAAAACUGAAACAAACUCGGAUUUCCAUUGUGUCACCUAAACCCUUUGUUAACUAUGAGCAUUGGCUGAGCAUGUUAAUGAAUCUCUAACCAUAUAACAUGUCUUGGGAACACAGUAUAUGGAUCAAGUUUUCAUGUAAAACACUAGGGUUUGGUGUCAUAGGUCCAUAUUCUUGAAGGGCUUGACAAAUGAUAGGUACAAAGUGAAAGUUAGAAAGCAACUUGCAUGUAUUUAAAGACUCAAGUUUUUUCAAAAAGAUGUUUAACAUCUAUUGGCAGAAAUUGAAUUUCCAAAAUACAUUUUCAAAUAAAUUAGAAUAUUUUGAAGCACCUUUAACUAACGUUUUAAGCAGUUUCCUUUUAAUAUACCACAAAUUAUAUUCUAUUUGCUCUUGACAACAUUGUGGAAAACAAAGACUGGGUUUUUAAAACUGUCUAACCAAUAUGAUGAAUGUCAGUCACUGAAAAAAAAAAAAAGCC